UUCGCUUCAGUUAAGCAUUGGGUUCGGACCUGCGGGUCUGUCUGUCUAUAUGGGAUGGCCGAUGGCUGAAACUUCCCGCGCACGCUGUGUGGGAUGACCGGCCUUUGAGUCUCGACCGCCAAGUUCAUCCGCGCGCGCACCCUCCCUAACACUCCGUUCCUCUUCUUCGACCUCUUCGGCCUCCCAUCGAUAUCGCUGAGAAACAAAAGGUAGUAAAGGAGGUGUGGACUUCAUCUUGGCAUGGCAGAGUCGGCAAUGGAGGAUGCGGGUGACACACUUCGAGUGCUCAUUGCUACUGAUUGUCACCUGGGUUACAUGGAAAAAGAUGAAAUCCGUAGAUUUGAUUCUUUUCAGGCAUUUGAGGAGAUAUGCUCAAUUGCCGAAGAAAAGAAGGUGGACUUUUUACUUCUUGGUGGUGAUCUAUUCCAUGAAAAUAAGCCUUCACGGUUUACAUUGGUGAAGGCUAUUGAGAUCCUUCGACGUUAUUGCCUCAAUGAUCAGCCAGUGCAGUUCCAAGUUGUCAGUGAUCAGACAAUGAACUUUUUGAAUGCUUUUGGUCAUGUGAACUAUGAAGAUCCUCAUUUCAAUGUUGGAUUACCGGUUUUUACCAUUCAUGGUAAUCAUGAUGAUCCCGCUGGAGUGGAUAAUCUUUCUUCCAUUGAUAUUCUAUCUGCUUGCAAUCUCGUGAACUAUUUUGGGAAAAUGGUUCUUGGAGGCUCUGGAGUCGGCCAGAUAACACUCUACCCUAUACUUAUCAAGAAGGGUGCAACUUCAGUAGCCUUGUAUGGUCUCGGAAACAUCAGAGAUGAACGGCUUAACAGAAUGUUUCAGACACCGCAUGCAAUACAAUGGAUGAGGCCUGAAACCCAAGAAGAAUGCCCUGUAGCAGAUUGGUUCAACAUUUUGGUUCUUCAUCAGAAUAGGAUUAAGACAAAUCCUAAAAAUGCAAUAAAUGAACAUUUCUUGCCACGUUUCUUGGACUUCAUAGUAUGGGGGCACGAACAUGAAUGCCUUGUUGAUCCACAGGAGGUUAUGGGGAUGGGCUUCCAUAUCACGCAGCCAGGUUCGUCUGUUGCAACAUCAUUAAUUGAAGGGGAGGCGAAGCCUAAGCAUGUACUUCUUUUAGAAAUUAAGGGCAGUCAGUACAGACCGACAAAAAUUCCUUUGAAGUCAGUUAGACCUUUUGAAUAUGCUGAGGUCGUUUUAAAGGAUGAAUCUGACAUUGAUCCAAAUGACCAAGCAUCUGUUCUUGAACAUCUGGACAAAGUUGUGCGAAAUCUAAUUGAAAAAAGUAACAAGAGAUCUGUCAACAGAUCAGAACUCAAGCUUCCUUUGGUGCGCAUAAAGGUUGACUAUUCUGGAUUUAUGACUAUAAACCCUCAGAGAUUUGGGCAGAAAUAUGUGGGAAAGGUUGCUAACCCUCAAGACAUUUUGAUUUUCUCAAAAGCUGCAAAGAAACGUCAAUCACUAGAAGAGAAGAUUGAUGAUCAUGAAAAGCUUCGGCCAGAAGAACUAAAUCAACAAAAUAUUGAGGCUCUUGUUGCUGAGAGCAAUUUGAAAAUGGAGAUUCUUCCAGUUAAUGAUUUGGAUAUAGCAUUGCAAGACUUUGUAAACAAGGAUGACAAGAUGGCCUUUUACUCUUGUGUGCAAUACAAUCUUGAUGAAACACGAAAAAAAUUAAACUCUGAAGCAGAGAAAUUAAAGAUUGAAGAGGAAGAUUUGAUAGUUAAAGUCGGAGAGUGUAUCCAGGAACGAGUUAAAGAAAGGUCACUUCACUCUAAGGAACACCUUAGAAGGAUGUCUGAUUCACAAACCUUACAGGGAAAUAAAGGUAAAGGUUCAGCAACAUUUAGUGCUACAAAUUCUUUUAGUGAUGAUGAAGAUACAAGAGAAAUGCUGUCAACCUCAAAAUCUGUUGGACAAAGUAGGAAAGAACCAUCUAGAAUGUCUCGGGGCUCUAAUGAUGCUACUGGCAUUGGUAGAAGUGGAAUUUCGAAAAGAGGCAGGGGAAGGGGUUCAAGCAAUUUAAAACAGAUGACCCUUGACGCAACCAUUAUAACCCGACGUUCUCAAAGAUCUACAUCAGCUUCUGCAUCAGCUGCAGUGCAAAGCAUAGCAGAGGAUGGGUUGAAUUCUCCUUCUAGUGAAGAGACGGAGAAAUUUGACGUCAAUGAAGUUGUUGAGAGUUCUGAACCUGAAGAAAGUUUCCAAGUGAAGGGACGGAAAAGAGCAGCUCCUCGGGGAAGAGGUAGAGGUUCUACAACAUCUGCAAAGAGGGGAAGAAAAUCAAAUUCCUCAUCUAUGCAUAGCAUGCUCAUGAACAUUGACGACAAUGAUGAUGAUGAUGAUGAUGAUGAUUUGCCAGGCAAACAAAAGAAAGUUCAGCCUCGGGUGGCAAAGAAUUAUGGGGCCCUCCGGAAGCGAUGAAAUCAUAUUGUGCCUCUUUUUUUUUUUUUUUAUAAUGUUUAUAAAGCGUAAUUGGAUGUUGAUGGUUUGAGUUAUUAUUCUCCAGAGUGAGAGUGUUUAAUAUUUCUUAACUAGUAAGUGUUUUUGGUACACUUGAUUACUUACUGAAAAAAAAGUAACUCUAUAUUAGAGUGAGAGUGUUUAAUA